AUGUCACCAGUCCUCGUUUGUUGGUGGACCAAGGACACUGGCUCCGGUGAUCUCAUGGGACCACAGGAUGAUGUUGUGGACCCGUUGUUGGACAUCUUGGACACGCAUCAAAAGGAGACAUCGGCUUGGGACGACAGUGACUUUAGAGAGUGUAAACUCUCGGCCUUGCCCAAGAUCGAGAUCCGGCUACGCGGUGUGGAAAGGAUCCUGACCUUGGUCUUGGAUCCAUCCGACUACGCGGAAUCCGAUGGAUCUGACUGUGACAUUCACUUGUCUUCCAUGGAGUUGACUCAUAAGCCAGAGAUGUGGGUCUUGGGUCAACCAGUGCUGCGGAAGUACGUUUCCGUCUACGACUUGCCUCGGAAACGAGUCGGCUUCGUCAUGCCUCCACGGCAGAAGUUGAGGAAAGGCUCACACAGGUCGCCCAGGCAGGUGACGGUGGUGUAA